AAAAUUUCUUGUCUUUCCCAAUCGACCUCGAAGAUACAAGUGGGACAUUAGAGAGGGACCGGGUUCAACUUGAUUUGAUAUGGCACCGAAUUUAGGUAUGUUGGCAAAUAGAUACAUGCAACACUAUCAAGUGUCUUCAGAAAAAAAUGAGAAGGAAGAUGAUAACUCAAUCGUAACUGAAGGCCAAGACUUAUCAUCAGACCCGUUUUUCAUUAUGAGUUUCAACAUCGCAGUGUUUCUUACCAAAAGAAGACUUGGUGAAAGAACGGCCUCACUGAGACAAGGAGAAAAGAUGGAAGAACUCACAAAACAAAUGUUGUUAAAACAUGAAAUAACAUUUAACAAAAUGGCCGGAAAGUUAACUCUUACACCAGAGAACGUAGUUGCCACUGUGGAAGCUGUUGGCCAAGAAUUGUUCCUGGAUGGCUGUAAUUUUGGCAGAAUUGUUGCUGCUUACGCUCUGUUCAUAAGAAUUCUUGAUUAUUGCCUGAGCCACAACAUGGAAGAUAAAGUUGAAGAAAUCCAAAAGACUACCGCCAAAGUUAUCAUGGAUAAAAAAGAAUGGAUAAUGAAAAAUGGCGGAUGGGAUGGUUUCAUGGACUACUUUUCUGAUCCAUCAGAGAAAAUAUGGAAGGGUUUUAUGAUAGCUACCUUUGGACUAGGGGCACUUGCUACCCUGCUGUAUACAAGAGCAUGAUGUAAGAGUAUUAAUAUGAUGGAAACACAUUUUCUAAUUGUACACUGCAUAACACCAGAAAAUCAGACUUUAUAUAUACAAAGUUUUCUGUCUUUUAAAGACAUGGUUUUAGCGUUUGAUGCAUAUUGCAUCAAAUCAACAGUUUUUUCUCAAAGAAAAUAAAGUUUUAUUUUGGGUUGCACUAAUUAAAGAACAAGGAUUGCCAGAUGAAGAUCAAGGCAAAUAAUGUUGAAUUUUUAUAGCAAAAAGAUACCACAGUCAUAGGGCUAGUCAGCUGUGAUAUCUUAAAAGAUGCUGGUCAUUAUGAGUAUGCUAUGCUGGUUCCAUUCAGGCCUUCUCAAGAAGAAAUCAGUACCUGCAGGAAUUUCCCAUUCUUGAUUAUAUUUACACUACAUUUCGACGUUUUUGUUUUUUGUCAUUUUUUAACCACAUUAAAAUGAUGAUGUGAACUUUAAAAAAAGCAAUCAAAUUUUAUACUUUAAGUUUUGAAAGACAGUUUUUAAAGACAACUACCCUAACUUCUAUGACCACCAAAACAAAAGAAAUGACGUCACCAAAGCUAACGGGUAGUGGUGAAAGUAAACAAGUAAAGAACAAAUCAGGCAUACAUUGUAAUGUCAGGAAAGUUGUGUUACGUUGUGUGAGUGUGUGCGUGCAUGUGUGUGAUUGUCCACCUUUCCUAGGCAGCCUUUCCACUAGCCUGGGUUAAAACAAAACCGGAUUAGAAGUUAUUCGUUUUUAAAGUGAGUCAAUGGAAAGGGCAAUUUUUCUUUGACCCGUUUUUAAUCCAUUUUUUACCAUUCCCACUAAGCCGGGUCAAAAUGUAUUCAGAGUGAAAAGUUGUAAGAGAAAUCAGUUUUUGCAUCAAUGAUCCUUCAAUUUCCAUCGUUGUAGGCCAAUGGAAGCAACCUGGUUUUGCUUCCAUUGCUCCCAGAAGUUAUCCUGGUUUUGGCAUUUCCAUUAACUCGCAGGUGGGUCAAAAGAUACCCGGGUUAAAACUGACCCUCUCUGAGACCCCUUUUCAAACUUACUCGUUUUUCAAGUGGGUAAGUGGGAACGCGACACAGCAACAGAUAACUUUUAACCUGUUUUUGUUAUUAACCCGGGCUAGUGGAAAGGCUGCCCUUGGAAGGCCUGUUGUGUAUUCUGUACCAUUAUACGAUUAUCUGACACAGUAAAUAUGUAAAUUUGGGCCAUGCACUACAAUGUGCAAGACUGGCAUAUGACGAGAAAGAGUCAGUUAAAACUAAAAUAGCAAUCUUGAUAAUGCACCAAACAACUUUAAAAGAAUUGACAAACAUCUUGAAGGUGGACUUCAAAUACCUUUCAUUGACUUUGCAAUGUGUAAGAUAGUUUCGCAAAUCAUUGGCACCAGUUUCUCUCUAACCUUGCCAAACAUGUGAGACCUAUACCCGAGCCCAAAAUUAGCUUUGCAAAUAGAUACAUAUCAAUGACUCAUUUUUCUAAUCAUCAUCUACGCAACUUUACAUUAGCACAAUAGCAUGGCUCAAAUUUGAAUAUAUUACAGUGAUGUAGGAUUUCAAGUUAGACUUAUUGCUCAUUUUUAUAUAGAUAAAUUUUUAUAACCAAAUGUUUUAAACUUUAAUUAUUUCAAAAGCACAGUAAAAGCAACUUUCAACAUAGGAAGUUCAUAUUAUAUCAAUUAUUCAAAGCUGCUAUAUAAAAUGCUUACAUGUGUACUAUGAUGAAUGCCAGUCUAUGUUGGGUUGUUUUUUCUAAAGCAUUAUUUGUAAUUUUGUUUCAAUGAAUUUGCUUUUAAUGCAUACUUGACCGACAAGCUUUGAAUUGAAAUGUGAAUAGUUUUUGAGUUAUUUCAGUAGUUGGACUUUUAAUUUCUAUGUAAUAUGAAGCCAUAGUCACCAA